AUGAGAAAAAUAAUUUUUGGCGCCAUUGUAUCAAUCUUUAUUGCAAUAACCCAAUCAAUAUAAGUGAGCAAGAUUCUAAAAAACAGAGCUUAAUCUGCUUGGAAAUAAGAAGCAACUAACAAAUUUAACUGGAAUUAAACUCAAGAAUUAAAGUGGUCUGUGGUGAAUGCAUUUAUUGAUGUCCAAACUUCUCCAGAUGGUGAUGUUUAUGCAAUCUAGAACAUUACUUCAGAAUUUACAAAGCCUAAGUACUUUUUGUAUAUGUACAACACCACAAACAAUGUAUGGAACAUUAUUGACUAGAAAUUCUAGGCAAAGGCCAUUAGAUUCGACAGGCUAGGCACUCCCUACUACCUUAGCCCAGAAAACUGUGUACUAGGGCCUGAAAAAUAAAAUAUCUUUUGCGGUGUAAGUGAUUUUGAGGUGACUGUUGAUAAGAAAAUUAUUGCUCUGCAUGACAACAGUAUUAACAAUACCUUAUAAGUAGAUACUAUAGACAGUAACUAUCAUAAUGUACCAUCAACUAAUUACUAGUAUAAGGCUCUAGGGGGCUACAAGGGUCUUACUCUAUACAAAGACGAACCUAUUUUCCUUGGGAAAGAUAAUAGAGUUAACUAGACUUAUAAUUCCUUGUGCUUGAUAAGUAUAUCAGCUGGUAUCGACGGCUCAUUAUGGGGAUUACUCUGUGAGGAAAAUGUUACUGAUUACCUCAUAGUUAAGUGGCAAACUAUUGAGUAAAAGUGGUAUAUAAUUGAAGGUGCUAAAGGCAAGAGUAUCUCAGCCUUCAAUGAAAUCUCCGUAGCCAUUGUUAACUCUUAAGGAUUACUAAGUCUCUCAUCAUCUAGUGCCACACAAGGAUCAGAUCCAGAAUACAUAACUACUAUAGCAACUUCAAUACCUACUGAGUAUUUACCUAUAACAUCUAUAGUAAGCAAUCAGCCAACUGAUCUUAGCACAACAGCUGCUCCAUCUACUGUUGAAUAAAGUACUGUUGCUCCGACUAGUGUACCUCAUACUCAAGUUUCUACAAAUGAAGUUCCACCAAGCAAUACAUACACUAACGCACCUACAGUAGCCCCAACUUCUGUCCCUACCAAUGGCCCAACUGAAUCUCCAACCUAAACAUCUGUAUCAGCACAACCACAAACUAGUUUAGUUGAACCAACAGUAGUUCCUUCCAAUGCUCCUACAAUAGUAAGUGAAUCAACUUUUAACACUCCUUCAUAGGCCCCAACCGAGGAAUCAACUGUCAUAAAUUCGAAGAUACUGAGUUAAAGUAAAUUAAAUUACUUAUCUACAUUCAAGGAUGGGUAUUUAUUCACAGAUUUCAAAAAAUGCAUUGAGUCCAUUCCAGAAAAUAGACCAUCUUCUUAAUAAAUUAGAAAUGAAUGCGAGGGAAAUGAUAUUUUUUUCAUCAUAAAAAGAUAGAAUACAAAUCAAGCUGUCGGGAAAAUUUUUGCAAUUUACAUCUAGAUAUUUGAGCCUUCUACUGAAAUUUCAGGGAUAUCAUUCCUUGAUGUUACAGGACAUCAAGAGUUCAGUAAUACCAAUUUAAUAUAUGAAUUCUAUGUUGAAAAUGAUGAUUUAAAAAUCAAUGCUGGUAGUAUAGGUUUAGAUAUGACUGUUGAUCUUUCCUGCGGUUAUAAAAUGGAAACAACGAAAAUUGAUAUUUGGGAUAAAGAAAGAAAUAAUUUGGUUUAUCAGAUAUUUAACACUUAACUUUAAGAUGGAUCCAGUUCAUUUUAUGAAGUUGUUACUUGCGAUAUAAUGGAAGCUUACUCUUCAACAAGUUCAAUAAUUUGA